AGUGCAUCAGUGCCGUGCCGUGCCAAUGUCUGAUGUGUUGGAGGUGCGGUGCUCUCGUUAACUCUUAAAAAUAAUUUGCCGGGAUUAUGCUUUACGGUUUUCUAAAAUAACAAUCAGUUAAGGAAUUGCAAUUGGUGCUUGACAACAUCAAAAUGGUCUAUUGGUACUUUGGGUCGUUUUUUGGUGCAGUUUUGUUUGUCACAUAUUAUCUCAAAGAGGUUGUCAAGGCUCCUCUUCUAUUUUGUGCCCCUGGAAAGUUUAGAAAGUUCAUAGAAGGCAACUUAGAGAUCACAAAGCGCAAAUUCUGGCCGACAGUUUGGUGUUUUGAGUCACGAGCGCAGACAGUCAUCUCCAGCUUCAUCAGAGGACUUAUCUUCUCCAGUAUUAACUAUGAAAGGGACAUCCUGACUCUGAAGGAUGGUGGAGAUGUAGCUCUAGACUGGCUCAGGCUGGAGGGAGCGACAGACGAGACUCCUGUAGUGGUCAUACUACCAGGACUGACAGGCUCGAGUGAGACUGACUACAUCAAAGGCAUCGUCCUGCAGUGUCGGGAGCGAAGGAUCAGGGCUGUAGUCUUCAUGAACAGAGGCAUCGGAGGAAUCACAUUGAAGACGCCAAGAACUUACUGUGGAGCCAAUUAUGAAGACUUUGCUGAGGUUUUGCAUUAUGUCAACAGAAAGUAUCCCAAAUCACUGGUUGGAGCAGUUGGAAUAUCUAUGGGAGGCCUGAUCCUGGGCAACUACCUGGCGGGGACGGGUGAGGAGGCAGCUAGACACCUCAAUGCCGCUAUGAUCAUCUCCGUCCCGUGGGAUGUGUUUAAGGGAGUGGAGAGUAUUGAGAGGCCUAUCCUCAACAGGCUACUCAACUAUCAUCUGGCCGGCUGUCUGUGCAAAGUUUUAGCCAGGAUAAGGCACGUUGUAGAGCCAGCUGGUAUCUGGGACAUCGACACCUGCCUCAAGAGCUCCACCAUCAGAGAGUUUGAUUCCAACUUCACGUCCAAACAGUUUGGCUACAGAGACGUGGAGGACUAUUACACUCACGCCACCAUUCACAACAAGCUGCACAAGAUCUGCUUGCCCACUUUGUGUCUCAGUGCAGGCGAUGACCCGUUCCAACCGUUUGAAGCUAUCCCGGUAGAUGAAGCUAACAACUCCGAUCACGUAGCCAUUGUGGUGACGGCUCGAGGAGGACACAUCGGCUUCAUGGAAGGGUUCUGGCCGUUCUACAACAACCAGUAUAUGUUUGAGGUUUUUGGUCAGUUCUUCGAGUCCAUGUUCUACAAAGGAGGCUACAAACUGCUAGAUGACGGCUUGAAGCAGAAAGGGAAUUAGAAGCAAACACAUUGUAUGCAUUGUAAUGGCUGCUGCACAUUCCAUGUGAUAAGGAAUGGUUUUGAGAGGUUUUGUUAAUUCCUGAGAGGAAUUCGGCCUUAAAGAGCCUUGUGAUUUUUCCUUUUCAAAAGGAAAUAGUUUAAGUGGAAAUGUAUUUGAUUUUUCAAGGGAUGGAUGGGAUUGUUUUAAACUUGUCAUCGAAUAACUCUAUUUAGCUGUCAUAUCAGUACUUUGUCUAAAUGUUGCAAUAAUAUUUAUUUAGGUACACUUAAAUUAAUGCCUAAUUUAUAAGUAUCCUAGUGUUGGAUGCUUCACUAUACUUCAAUACUUAGGUGUAAGCCCUACAGUAUUCCUUGAUAAAAAGCAAUAACUAUUUUGUAAUACUUGAAUAUAAUUCACUGUAAAAUUCUAGUUAUUUUUUACUCUAAAAUGCUAACUCGCACAUCUUUGUGGAUCUAGUAGGUUAGUUUUUAACUCUUGUAUCUUUCUAGUCCAAAAGUUUGUUAAGAUGGAUUUUUAACAAAGAGUUACCCAAAAAUCAUGCUUAAAAUUUGCAUGAUGGCAAAUUUGCAUGAUGGCAAAUUUGCAUCAUGCUUGCAAAAAUUUACCAUUAUUAAGUUUUUAAGUAGUCUUUUUAUAAGUAAAAUGUUAGCACAGUGCAAUCUCGGGCAAUUUGCAAUUGCUUUAUUUUUUUAUUCCGAAUUGCAUCUAUAUAUGUAAAAAUCUAUGUCAUUCAUUUGCAAUUUAGGUGUGCUAGCCUUGAAUUCAAAUUGUUUUCUUGUAGUUCCCACUUGUAAUAUACAUAGGAUAUAUCCGAUUAUAUAUAACCUCUAAUUUGUUGUCUUUGUGAUUAUUAUGAAGUUGAGUGUUUUGACGAGUGAUCUGAAACCAUGGAAGAUUUGAUUCUAGUAAAUACACAAGUAAUAUGCAUUAUCUUGAACAAAUAUAUGAAAGAGGUUCAAGCAUUCGCCUACUGUAGUUUUUCCAAAAUGUGCAGUUAUAUUUGAACAUUGCGGACGGAAUGGAAUUCAAUCCAUGGUACGCUCAUCACGUACGUCGGUUUUCAAAACCUUAAGAAUAUAAUUGUCUGAGUCUUUUAAUGUCUUCGAUGGUAUACCAGUUAUAGGUGCAACAACUAAUGCAAUAAAUAGGUUAAAUAAGCAUCAGAUUCAUGAAAUAGGUCUGGAUGAGUGUGUCCUAAUAGUAAUCUUUUAACUAACUAUUUAGUUAGACAAACGUAAAUCACACCAACCUCUGGCUCUUCAUAAAUACAGAGCCUGGUAAAGGUGUAUAGUCAAAGACACUACUAAUUAAUUACAGUAGGCCUAUAUAAGAAACUUUUCAACUUGUUCACUUUAUAAUCCUUCCUAGAGCUGUAUUAACCUUGACAGUUUCAACUCUGAUUAUACUCAAAAGUGUGAAUAGGUUCAUGUUUCAUAUUUACCACUAGGCACCAUGGAUCUAGACUCAUAUAUUUAGCACUUAAAUAGCAGUUAGUUCUUGUUGCAUACUCAUAAUUUGUAUUUAUUCCAUUUUGUUUUUAGUUCUGAUUGUUUACGUUAGUUAUUAGAUGUUGUACAUAUCCGAGACAUUUCUUGCUCAUAAAUAGUUGUCUAAGUCCAUUGAAAACGUAUUUUAAAUAUGUUUACCAUUGUAUCUGUGAUUGUAUAAAUUUACAUUUUAAUAUUAAGAGGUGCUCCAACUUAGGUUUUUGAGUUUUCAAUGAUACAUGUAGUAUUAAUGAAAACUGUGAGAUAUGUUAUACAAUUAAAGUUUAAUUGAAAUUGGAACAAGUCAAUAAAUGAUUGUUGUUAAUUUAGAUUGUCCAAUAUUUAUUUUAAGCUCUAUCCUUUUAAAGGUAGUAUUUUCUUUAAGUAAGGUUUAUGUCAAGAUAAUAAUCUACUUAACUUGGAGUGUCUCUUUUCAUUGUUUUAAAUUUUCUUAAAAUAUACUUUUGAAGCAAGUGCCAUGCCUGACUAGAAUGUUUCACCAUUGUGCCAUGCUUAGAAUACAGGGUGUUCUAUAAGCAUCAUGUUUCUCAAAAAAAUAUCAAUUUUGUAAAUCUUUACGCGUUGGUGCAAGUAUUUAGUUAAUAGCUUCACUUUAUUGUAAAUAGUUUAAUCGAUGCUUAGCAUGCCUUCGUCACAUAUAAUUAGUCAAUCAAUCAAUCCCCACUGUAUCUACUGUAUCUUGUACUUUAUUGGUAUUUGCAUAUGAUUAACAGGAAACCCUCUUAAUUUUGAAAACCUAAAAUUGAGAAUGAGCUGUAAAUGUUGUCAACCAUGCAAAAACUUGGAUUCAUCUGUGAAUUUUGGGCCAAACCUUACAAACAGGGAUGGACCAAUUCCAAUUUUUGAUACUUUGUUUUUGGAUUAAAUAACGAUUCCAGAACCUCAGAAGGUGUUAGCAAUGACUUCAUAGUAUCACUCUAUUGCAAUCACAAGAUGUCAUAAAUUUUCAAUCGCAGAAGUUAUUUGAAUAGUUUGCGCCUUAAUAUUCCAAGCUUGACGUCCCGAAAAGAAUUGAAACUUAAACUUAGCCAGAAAUCAGCAAUGAACAUUUACCAACAUUUGCUUUCAACUUUUGCUUUUCAACUAACGUAAUAUUGGGGAACAAAGCCACUUUAAAUAGUGUUAAUUUUAAGAGUAAAGGAAAGUUUCACUUCAAAGAAAUGCCUAACAGAUGUAAAGGAGCUUGGUGCAAUAUUUAAAUACUGUUCUAUGAAAUUGCGACCAUACAAAGUAGGUACUUUAAGCCAAUUUCAAAUGGAGAUGAAUGUAGGAUAACAAUUUUGACACCCUGUACAAUUUCUUAGACUCUAAGGGUUUAAGGCAAUUUCAAUUAUUGUUUCUAUUUGAGUCAAGUUUUGCUCAUUGUAAUAAUUGUUGUGUGGCCGUUUGGUGAGCAAAGAGAUUAAAUUUGUCAUAUUAUUCUAACUCAGAUUAGUGAAUAAUAAAACAUGAAAUAUUUUCUCCUCUCUAAUGAUUAACGAUUGAAUGAUCAAUAGCAGGAAUACAAAAUAAUGAAUAAAUUACAUGCAAUUUUCAGGUAAUUGUAAUAAAACUUAUUGUCUCAACAGUCGAAACAAAAGAAAAUGUUAAUUAAAUGACCACAAAAUAUUUCCUGUUAUAGUAGUUUACGUAAAGAUAGUGUUAACGACACGAGUAGAAAUUUAAGGCGAGUGCCUUAAAAACGUCCACGAGUGUUGUUCAGACCUAUUUAGGCAAUUGUGUUCACUCUUUUACGACAGGUUUUACUAACAAUCACUACUCAUAACUUCUAAGAGAGGUUAUGUUUUUGUUUAUAACCUCUCAUUGCCACUGACAGUGAUGCAACGAAUCAUUGUACCAAAAAAUAAUUGCACCACUCAACAAUUAAAUUGGCAUGAACAGCUGAUUAGUUAAAGUUUGAAGUAAUACAAUUUUACUUCUUUUCUCUCAAUCGGUGGACCUUAUUGGUCCAUUGCCUGUGUUGUUAAGUAAAAAAAAAAAAACAAUUAUGUAAGUAAACAAUGCUGUUAAGAGUGUUAAGUGAAUCUUUUCAAUUCUAAGAACUGAACUGAAACGGCUAAGGUAAAAGCCUUUUCCAUAAUGUUUGUAUCCUAAGUUUUACCUUUAAGACUAUCCAAUAGUCAAUGGUUUUACCCAAGAUUGCAGAGGUUUUUAACCUUUGUAUCUCUAUUAUAUCAUAUCUAUACGGAACCAACCAAUUAGCUUAGCCUUGGCUUACUAUGGUUAGAUAGUUUUUUAAAGUGGUUGUAUCUUACGAUUCCCUCCCUAUUUUAACUUUUUCUCCGAUCUUGUAGUUAUAAGUAAUACUAGUAAUAGUUUCAGCAACUUACUUCGGUCACAUAGAUUAUCUUGUGGUACACUAUAUUGUGUAAUAUUUUACAGUUUUAAAUCUAGUAAUAAAUAAAUUGCUCUAGUAUGUAGUAAAUUACAUGUCCUGUGAUUUUUUCAGUUUAAAAUUAACAAACUGUCAUUAGUGCUAUUGAUUUUAUUGUAUAUUAUACAAAUACAAUAAUUAA